AUGCUCACACCUCUCAAAAAGCGAGAUUUUGAGACAGGAUCACUUUAUGUUUUUGAUCACGAAUCUUCCCCUGGCCAUGUAAAGAUUGGCUGGACAGCAAAGACAGUUUCGGAUCGACUAGCACACUGGUCAAACUGCGGUUAUGAGCCAAACUUAUUAUUCAGCCUGAAUGAUAUUCCUCACGCUCAUCGUGUUGAGACCCUUACACAUUAUGAACUAAUCAAGGAAUGGCGCCGAGAGCGAAGGUGUAAAGCCCCGUGGUGCGGGAAGAGCCAUAAAGAGUGGUUUGAGGCUAGCAAAGAACUUGCUAAGCGGACUGUAAGGGACUGGGCUGGAUUUGUACAAUCAGCCAAGCCUUAUGAUCUUCAAGGCCACUUGAAGGACCAGUGGAAAGACGUGAUAAAGGGAAUAUAUCGCGAGACGAAGGAGGUCACUGCUCAAAAGCUAUUGAGUCGUUUUAGGGAGAUUGUGAUCAACAAAACGAUCGCUGCCGAGAAAGGUGUUGGCCAAUUACCGGUACCAGAAACUGGCAAGGAAAUCACCAGGCUCCUUCCUAGAGUCAAGCCUCCCAAAGUGUCUGAAGCGGAAUAUGUCGUUAAAGUGGAGCAAACGGAACAAUCGCAAAGUAACGACUUCAAAGAGAUAUCGGUGAAGGACUACGAAAGCGACUUAUUGACCAAGUCCGAGUUGGCGCAGGAGGUCAAAACGACUUGCACCGAAGUCAAACACAAGACAGUGGCAGCCAAGGUGUGGCAUAUGCCUAACAAUAUAUCGCUGGCCGUCUCACCACGUAUUGACCUUAAAAGCCCUCACAUUUCUGCGUCUUCUCUUCAAUGUGUGAAACAACGCCCGGAUGUCGAAGUCAAGCAACUAAGUGGAAAAGACAUUUCUCUUAACAAACGGUCCCCUCCGGCUGUCCCUCUCUAUAAUCUCACCACCAACUCAUGGGUCUUCCCGUCAAACAUCGAGCCAAAUACACAAAAGGAGGUUCUUACAUAA